UUACUAUGCCAAAAUAAAGAAAAGAAAAGGAGAUACUUUAUACUAAUGAAAGACACGUAAUUAAAAAGAAAAGGGAAAAAGUUACGAUGUUGACAACUAAACCAACAAGCCCUCGAACCUUCACAACUUUGAGGAGAGAGAUAACCUGUUUCUGUUUGUCUGCCUUUCUUCUUCCUCCUCCUCCUUCUUCCUUUUUCUUUUAAUUCACAUUCUUCUUCAUUUUAAAUUUAAUUGCUCUCUUCAAUUCCCAAUCUUUAUAUUUCCUACAAUUCAAAUUCAUAAGAAGAGAGGAAAAUCUCAUUUCAAAUCAUAUCAUAUCACAUCAAAUCCCCCAAUUAUAAUUGAUUAUUUUAAAAUUCACCCAUUUUAACAGACCAUUUUGUGGUGUUAGUAUCAUCAUAUUGGGUAUGGAUUUGUAGAGCUUUUUCGUCUUCUCCAAUUUUAUUCGAAAGAUAAUGUCAGGUUUUGAGGAGUGCGGGAUUGCUGAUGAAAACUCAGGGAACGUUGAUGACUUUGAUGAUGAGAGAAGACGGUCCAAAAUUGGAGUUUUUAAAAAGAAGGCAAUCAAUGCCUCAAACAAGAUUACUCAUUCACUCAAGAAAAGAGGAAAAAGGAAGGUUGAUUUUAGGCUUCCUUCUAUAUCAAUUGAAGACGUAAGAGAUGCCAAUGAGGAAUGUGAGGUCUUUAAGUUGCGUCAAAAUCUCCUUGAUCGGAAUUUAUUGCCUACAAGGCAUGAUGACUACUAUACUUUACUUAGGUUCUUGAAGGCUAGGGAGUUUAACAUUGAUAAGACGGUGUUGAUGUGGGAAGAAAUGCUUAGAUGGAGAAAAGAAUUUGGAACAGACACAAUAUUAGAGAGUUUCCAAUAUGAGGAGGUUGAAGAAGUCAUCCAGUAUUACCCCCAGGGAUACCAUGGAGUUGACAAGGAAGGGAGGCCAAUUUACAUAGAGAGACUGGGGAAAGCCCACCCUAGUAAGCUCAUGCAGAUCACUACUAUCGAUCGGUACUUGAAGUACCAUGUCCAAGAAUUCGAGAGGGCUUUGCAGGAGAAAUUUCCUGCAUGCUCUAUUGCAGCGAAGAGAAGAAUUUACUAUACAACAACAAUCUUGGACGUGCAAGGAUUGGGGAUAAAAAACUUUUCUAGGACUGCAGCCAACCUUCUUAAUGCAAUGUCUAAGAUAGACAGCAACUACUAUCCAGAGACGCUACACAGAAUGUACAUUGUUAAUGCCGGUUCUGGCUUCAUAAAAAUGUUGUGGCCUGCUGCACAGAAGUUUCUGGAUACAAGAACAAUUGCUAAGAUACAGGUUUUGGAUUCAAAGUCACUCCCAAAACUAUUGGAAGUUAUUGAUUCAAGCCAGCUACCUGACUUUUUGGGUGGCUCAUGUGCUUGCUCUGGCCAUGGUGGUUGCCUAAGGUCCAAUAAAGGCCCCUGGAGUGAUCCAGAAAUAAUGAAACUUGUGCAUAAUGCAGAAUCAACCCUUGUGAAGCAAAUCACUAAAGUGUCACAUGACCAGAAAUUUGAUUAUUAUGUUCAAGUGAUACCGCUGAAGGGAAAGAAUGGCUGUAAAGCGGCAGCUGAAUUAGUUUCUGACACUGAUGAUUGUAGCUGUCAUCCUGAACGAAGGAGCUCGGCCUUUUCCCAUCAAUCACCAGGUCAUGGAGAAACAGAAUUGGCCGAAUCAAAUGUUUACUACUGUCGAGAUGACCAUUUUUCUGCAGCUGCUAAUGUAGUAGAAGGUGAUGGAUUGAGAAAGCCUUUAAAUUCUUCUUGUACGAGUGGUAAUGGAAGUUCAGUUACAAAUGAGCCUGAUUUUGGAGGUACUUCCUUCAUAUAUCGGCUCUGCAGAUUCAGAGUUAGAGCUGAAAACUUGAACAUUCGAUCCCUCACAAAUUUUCUGAUAUCUUUGCUUGUGAGAAUCGCUUCUUUAUUCCGGCUAGUGCCUUUUUGGCUUUGGCCUUGGAGAUGUCAGAAUCUUCUAUCUAAUGUAGCUGACCACAAAGAGAAAAACCAUCAUGCACAAAUAAUUGAAGUUGAGAACGGACAAAACAGUGUACACCCUUGUCUAGAACGUCUUCAACGAAUAGAGAAAUUGUGUGAAGAGCUUAGUGAUAGACCAGUGACUUUCCCACCAGAAAGGGAGCAGUUGCUUCAAGAAUCUAUACGAAGGAUCAAGAGUGUUGAGUGUGACCUUGAGAAAACAAAGAGAGUGUUGCAUGCUACUGUGAGGAAGCAAGUUGAGAUAUCUGAAUUUCUGGAAACCCUACAGCUGUCCACAUGCCAUCAUCGGAGGAGGAUUUUUUCCUGCGGGUUAUGAAAUUCUACAACUGACCCUUUGAGUACAUAAAAGUUAUAGGCUCCUAACUAUGACGAAUAUUAUUUUCGUCCCUUGGCUGCUUCAGUUGAGGAGAUUUGCACAUAACCAGGAAGUUGCUCAUGGAUACUGGAUAGAGAUCAGUGAGUGUUAAAAGUUAAUAGAAGUAUUUGCCAUUGUAUUAGUGGCAUAUAUGUUGGAUUAUUUCUUAAUUUUGUCCCCACAUCACACACAACUUUCCAGGCAGCAUUGUCCGUUGUUUACCUCCUCUGAUUAUACGCGGUAAGGACUAACGUCAAUGUACUGUAUAACUUUGCUAAUGAAAAUUUCAAAAAGGUCAUUA